GGUAGGGGUCUCCGUCGUGGCGGGCGCGACACCAUGUCCACCCGACCACUUGCCCGUGAUGGAAACAACGCAUCAGUACAGCACAUGUGCUGGUUCUGAAUGAUGGGAACGUUCCCGCUCUGUUGCCAUCCAACCCCGCACGCAUACCGAUACUAACAAUAGGUGCAUCCUUCGAGCUGCGAACUGACGCCAUCAGCUCCUUCCUCGGAAUCCUUCUCGAAGACAUACUGCUGCCUAACGACCACCUACAAGAUGAUUCUUUGACUCUCCAUCGAAACAGAUAACAAGUAUCCGCAAACAUGGGUUUCAUGAAUCAGGAGAAAUUCCUUACCAACUACACGUACGAAGUCGGUCAAGACUUCGGCAUCGAAGGCAGACCGGCGUCCUGGGCAGGCUCCGAGAAUUUGGCACAUCGCUUUUGGGACGACGAAGAUGACAGUACGAAGAUUCCUAUUGAUGCCACGGGUCCGAUGUCGACAUCAAUCACCGGCAUCAGCCACGAUGAGAAGUUCAUCGCAAUCUCUAGUGGGCUAGCUGUCGUCGUGUUUGAUCUUGAGACGCAAAAGGUCUGCACUGAGUUCAAAGGACUCACGGUACGCUGCGCUAACCUCAACUUCUGCCCGGUACACAGCGAGUCUGGAGGCUAUACCCUGGUUGUAGGAGAUUCCGAUCUUGGGGAACAACAGCAGAUCAUCCUCUUCCUGAAUCUGGACAAGUCUGGCCGCUGGACUGAUGAACCAGAGGAUCUUGAUUGGGGACUGCUACUGGAGCUUUCAUUGGAGCCUGUCCGGUCCGAAAUGGACGCUGUGUACGGCAGGGGUUCAACCAGGCAGCUGAUGAAGCCAGUCCGUGAAGACUACAAAAUAAUUUUGCAAAAGCUGCAAUCGAAUAUCAAGUCCAAGGAUCUGGUUCGCGUGAACGGUCUUAUCGGACACUUUGGCUCCAAGCCGUUCAGCGCAGAUGGAAGAUUUCUUCUCUACCUUGUACACAACCAGAGUACUCAACAAGGAAUGCGCCCACCGGAAGAACUACCCAAUGUCGUCGUCUAUGAUAUCGUCAAUCAUACCGAAAAGCAUGUCUUAGGUGGUCAUCAAGACGCCAUCAUGUGGACAGACUUUAGUCCCGAUGGUCAGUACGUCGCAACCGCAUCCUGGGAUGGCACAUUCAGGAUCUUCGAAGUAGACAGCGGUGAUUGCAAACAUGUCAUCGGGCCUACCGGAGGACAAUGCUGGACCGGCGCUUGGUCACCAGAUUCGAAACACAUCUUACUCUGCGGCAUGGCACACCAAGACGGCGAGGGUCGCCCAGAAGUCUUUGUGGCUGUUUACUCUGUGGAAAAAGCGCAGCAGAUCAACCGAUUCGAUCACACACGUCUCAACGACUGGGUGAGAAACGUCGCCUGGUCUGAAACCGGCGCAAUCGCUUUCGCGCACAAAACUGAAGUUUUCGUGUGGGAACCAUUCGAGAACAAAGUCAUAAGCACUUUUGCCCUCAAGGUGGAGAGCUUCAUGUUACGAGGCUUUGCCGGUAUUCGGGACGUCGAGUGGGUGCAAGAAGGUGAAGUGCUCAUUGCAUAUACUGGAGAUAGUACGAUCGAGGUGUGGAAUUGGCGUCAGAAUGCUAAGUGGAGGGUUCAAAGACCUCAUGGAUUGGUUCAGAGUCGAAGGGCUUGGUGGAUGGAGAAACAAAAGGCAAUUGUCAGCGUGAAUGGUGAAGGUAUCAUGCGUUUCUACCGCUUGUAGUUGUAUUGUUCUCAAUUCACCUGUAUCUCUGGAUGAGAAAAAUCUCCUGCUUGAUGGUCUCAACCAACGUAUCGU